AUGGAGGCGCCCGGCACCGUCGGCAUCGUCGCCAAGACCCGCCUGCAGGAGGCCGCUCCCGUGGUGGCGGAAGCAGCCGACUGGCUCGCCGCCCGCGGCGUCGCGGUGGUCCUGGAGACCGACACGGCGCGGCUCGCAAACCGGCGGGGAGCACGGACGUGCGUCCGGGACGACCUGCCGGCCGCAACCGACCUGAUAGUGGUGCUGGGCGGCGAUGGAACACUGCUCGGCGUUGCCGGCCGCGUCGCGCAGGCGGGCGCCGACACGCCGAUCCUCGCGGUGAAUUUCGGCAGCCUCGGUUUCCUGACGGAGGUCACGCUGCCGGAGCUGUACACGGCGCUCGAGUCGGUGCUGGCCGGCGAGGCCGGAUCGACGAGCGGCGGAUGCUGCGGGCGCAGCCCGACCGGCUCGACGGCGUACAACCUGGCCGCCGGUGGCCCGAUCGUGCACCCGCGGGUGGAUGCGGUGCUGGUCACCCCGCUCGCCCCCCACACGCUCACCAACCGGCCGAUCGUCAUCCCGGCGACACCCCCGAUCGGCGUCACACCGGCGCUGGGAGGGACACACCAGGCGGCCAGCGCCAGCUUCGACGGCCAGUUCGGCAUGGAGCUCGAAGCGGGUGACCGCGUCACCGUCCGGCGCGCGCCGCGCCCGCUGCGCGUCGUCCGCGCCGAGUCGCGCAGCUACUUUGCCGUGCUCCGCGAGAAGCUCAAGUGGAGCGAACGAUAG